UAAAAGAGGAUGGAAGAGAGAGAGGAUGGUGAAAACUUGAAAGAGAGAGCGUAGAGAUGAGAAGAGAGAAACGAAUUUGAUCCACAACAAAAUAGUGAGCCUGUCUCUUCUAAUCGUACAGUCCGUUUUCCACUGUGGUCUUGAUUUUAUUCCUUUACCCGCGAUUUUAAUCGUGUUUGUUUUGCAUGUACACUUGUGACUACAAGUUUUCACGGCUAAACAGUUUUGAACAUCUGAAUUGGCUAUCAAAACAAUGAUAUCAGGACAUUGGCUGACAGGAAGUGAAACAAUGGACGAUCAGCAUUAUUGCUUACGUUGGAACAAUUACCAGAGUAAUAUGACGUCGGUAUUUCAUCAACUCUUACAGAAUGAAGAUUUCGUUGACGUUACUCUGGCCUGUAAUGACCUUUCGUUAAAAGCUCACAAGGUAGUGCUAUCGGCGUGCUCGUCGUAUUUCCAAAAGCUGCUUUUAGAAAACCCCUGCAAGCACCCGACGAUCAUAAUGCCUCAGGAUGUCGGUUACGAAGAUCUGAAAUUCAUCAUCGAGUUCGUCUACAAGGGGGAAAUCGACGUAUCUCAUGCGGAACUUCAGUCGCUGCUGCGCACGGCGGACCAAUUAAAGAUCAAAGGGUUAUGCGAAACACCGGACGACAAGGACAAUAAGGAUCUUUUAGACACUCCGGAUUUGGUGCCGCUCUCACUGCAUUGCAAAAGUGGCAGGAAAUCGCCAUCAACCAAACACUCUAAGUUUCAGUCUCAAGAACUCAGUCCACCAAAGGCAAAAUACCCAAAAACCACCUUUCAGGCCGUCCUCGAUUCGAAUGAAAUUAGCGGCGAGGAGGAAGACGGCGAAGAAGGAGCAGAUAAGGAGGAGGGGAACAGUGGCGAAGAUAGAGAAAAGGAGAACGAGAAGGCUGGUGGCAGCGAACAACCAUCCAGCGACGAGAACGAAAAAGAUGACAUGCCAGUAGCUUUGGAACCUCAACCCGAGCCGAAAAGAAAGAGGCCGAUCUCGCAACAAUCCGACCAAAACAAACCUCUAAACAUGAGCAGCCAUGGCCUACUAUCGGGACAGACGAUCUUCUCCCAUUUCGGCGUCGACGAUGAUUUCCCACCUGAACCUCCAGCACCAUCGGCCAUUCCCGUUGGUCACGUGGACAUGUCCACGGCUCCAGUCGAUCAUUCUCCCACCAGGACUAUUCUCAGUGAGCCGAUGCAUCGUACUGAUAUUUCCGAUUCCACGAAAUAUACCCUAGAAAUCAAGAAGGAGGCCGACAUUAAGUUAGAAACGUUGAGAUCAUAUGACCAAGACAGCCUAUUGGAUAUGGAAUCGCAUUUGUCGGGGCCUGAUCAUUCAAUGGACAGCCACGAUGAUGGAGAAAGAACCAUGCACCAGCUUAUUGGUCAUGCAGAUUUCAGUGGGAUUCCUGGAGUUUCUAAAUUAGAUGUAGGUGAUGAUGUACCUGGAAUGAAAAAUAACGGCCAUUUAGAAUUAGGGCAACAAAGGUCUCACGCUGGGGGACCGAAAACUUGGACACAGGAAGAUAUGGAUAUGGCGUUAGAUGCCUUACGAAAUCACAAUAUGAGCCUAACUAAGGCAUCCGCAACUUAUGGUAUUCCCUCCACUACUUUAUGGCAGAGAGCUCAUAGGCUAGGAAUAGAUACCCCCAAAAAAGAAGGGCCUACUAAAUCUUGGACUGAAGAAAAUCUAAAUAACGCUCUGGAAGCAUUAAGAACUGGAACAAUAUCUGCAAAUAAAGCUAGCAAAGCAUUUGGCAUUCCCAGUAGCACCCUGUACAAAAUAGCGAGAAGAGAAGGAAUAAGACUGGCAGCACCUUUCAACGCGGCACCGACUACUUGGACACCUGAAGACUUAGAAAAAGCCUUAGAGUCCAUAAGAACGGGCCAGACGUCUGUACAAAAAGCUUCGACAGAAUUCGGCAUACCCACUGGAACAUUAUACGGUAGAUGCAAAAGGGAAGGAAUAGAAUUGUCAAGGUCGAAUCCUACGCCCUGGUCUGAAGAUGCCAUGGGAGAAGCUCUAGAGGCCGUUAGGUUAGGUCACAUGUCCAUCAACCAAGCGGCCAUCCACUAUAACCUGCCUUAUUCCUCGCUGUAUGGACGCUUCAAACGAGGCAUCAAAUACGAGGCGGAUACCAUAGAUUAUGUGGAUCUAAAUCAAGACAGCCACCUCCAAAUGGAACAUACAUUUGGCAUGGAAUAUACUACCUCUCCAUCACAGAUUCAAUAUCAAAACCAGAAUAGCUGAGAUACGGCCUUCAAUUUCGACUGCUUUUGAGAAAUAGAUCCAGAGUAGAUUUAUUUUUUGAGGUUGGAUGCAUUUUGUUAUUGAUGUAGAAGUAAAUAGUUUUGGAUAAUAUUGGGUAUAUAUAAAUAUAAAUGUUUUGUUUUUCGUUUUGGUUAAAUAUUUUACUACAAGAGCAAUUAAACGAAUAUCUUUUAUCACCAAUAUAGUUACAAAAUUCAGUGAUAAUAGUUUAAUUAUAAUAAAACAUCUUGUAUAUGUUACAAUCACAUGGCAUAUAAGAUCAGUCAAUAACUUAACAUUCUAUCCCAACAAACAAAGAGAAAUCUGAAAGUCAGAAGUACUAUAAAUCUCUAUAAGUCGGAAAGCAAAUUUUUGGUAACAGUCCUUAACCGAGCCUUCUACAAUAGGGAACUUGACAUUUUUUUUAUUUAUAUAUUUUUUCUGUUUGUCUACAAUAUAGAAACAACACGUACCAAAUAUCAACCCUCAAAUCGCAAUAUUUAAUUUACAAUGAACAUUUAAAAUAGUGAUCGCCAACUAUCCAACACGAAAAGCGCAGCAUGCUAUGUGACGUCACGCUGCUCGUUCCAGGAUAAUAGAACAACGAACUAGCAACACUGGAAGAUUGUUUGUAUUUAAAAUUGACAGUUCGUUGAUUUAAAAACAUUGUGUUUUGAAGGUUAGAUUUUGUUAUGUAUAAUUUCUUUUUAUCCUCACGUAUGUGAGGAUCAUUUUAAUGUGAGUAUAAAAAUUAGACUCUAUUUUCAUCUGCAUAAUAUCAUUAUAAGUACUUAUUUUAUGUUCACUUCUUUGGUACACAAUGCAAUAUACAAUAUAAUAGGUAUUUAGUAUAGUUUUACAAAGAACCUUAUGGUUUUAAUACUAACUCUUGACGAUUUUAUGAUUCCUUAUGAUUUUAUUACAUAUUAUUAUUCAUAAUGUACUGUUGCAGCGUUAUAGGGACGACCAACAAACUGUCUGACGUCACAACCGAUUCCGCCCGUUGAAAGCAUAACUUAAAUUCUGCAGUUUGUAAUUGCUUAUAUUUACAUAUUUCAUAAUAAUAAAAUAUGAGUUUUUUUUGUAAACUGGGGUUCUAUCAACAGCAUUAAAUAACGUUUAUCAGUAAUAUUUCUUAAAUAUAAUUUUUAUGCAAGUUCCCUAUUUGCAAGGCAUACAGAUCGAUAAAUAGUAGACAAGGGAAAAUCUACAAUAUGCAUUCUACACCUGUCUACUUAUCUAGGUAAAAAUCGAACAAAAUUUUGCUUCCUAGUACUGAAAAUGUGAGUAAAACUAGAUAACGAGAGGCAGCUUAAGAUUUAAUUUAUUUCAGGGACUCAGAACUGUCUGUGGUAUACCCCAAGGGUACACCACAGACAGAUCUGAGGACUACAGAACAAAGAAACAUAAUAUGCCAACUGAUGGUUGGUAGCCCCUGAAACAAAUUAAAUCUUAAAUUGUCCCGUUAUUAUAACCAAAUUUAAAAUGAAAACGAAUUAAGAUGAAUUAGUUAUUAACGAUUAAUGAUCAAUAUAAGAAAGACAGGAUAAGAUGCUCUUAAUGUUGUUCUGAAGCUAUUUCCUUGUGGCAUUUUUAUAAUCAAUUAUUUUCAGUGGGAAAUAAGCCACAAUUUUACCAAAAAAAUGAUUUUAUUAACGCUUCGACGCCCAAGUCGGGUGUCGUUGUCAAAAUACAAAAUAAUACUAGUAAAUUAAACAAAAAUGUUGCUUAGUAAAAAAUUCUUCUAAUAAUUUAUUUAAUCUGACUAAUUUAUAUCGGCAAUUCAGACAUGUAUUAUACAUUUUAAAGUAGAAGACUUUAAAAUGAUAUUGCCAAUAUUGAUGAGUUGCGUUCCUGGGACGACUUUACUAAAAGAUUGUUCAUUUGAUAAGAUGCUCUUAUCAUUGGUUUGAACAUAAUUUCAAAUUAUUGUUUCAAAUUAAUUUUUGUUCUUUAUAUUUAAAUUUUUUAUACAGCUGUAAUCUGUCGCAUUUCAGUUUUACAAUCUUGAUUGUGUUGACGACAAUGAAAACAGCUAAAAUCGAAUACCUCGGUCACACCAUGAGUAACAGCGAGAGAUAUGGACUGAUGCAUAGGCGUAACCAGGAGGGGGGUUAUAACUCCCCCAUUUGGAUGUAUUUUGAGCUCUAUACGCUUAACACCAUUACUAUUCCCUACCUCCCAGAAACCAUCAAGUAGUUGUAACCCCACUUUGAAUCAUCCUGGUUACACCUCUGGACUGAUGCAACAAAUCUUGCAGGGAAAAGUAGCAGAAAAACAAAGACCAGGAAGGCGAAGCAUUUUCUGGCUGAAAAAUCUACGUACGUUGUUCAACACAACAACCACAAAUUUUUUCCGAGCUGUAGAUGGUCGUCAUUAUCCGAAACGGAUAGGCACGACAAGAAGAAGAUAUAUAGUGAACAUCUUAUAUUCAACUUUGUUGUUCAUACAUUGUUAAUUUUUAGCGUUUUCACAAUUAAAAGUUAUUUCUUUUAAUUGCAUAUCAUUUUUGAAGCAUGGCAAUGUUUUUAUGUACAUAUAUUGUCAUAAAAUGGGACCAGUAAAACACAGCAGUUUGUUUAAGUAGUUGUUUAUUUCCCUUUUUUAUUUAAUAUUAAAUAUUAAUAUUAACAGAACACAAGUUUAUUUAACAACAGAUAUUGCAUAAAAAGACAAUUUUUUCAGUACUUAUCAAAAAUAAUUUUUAUGAAAGUUCCUGUAUAUAAGGACAAUGAAAUUAUUGGUAAUAAUUUGUAUCGAUAAAAUUGAUUUGCUAAGUUUAAAUGCCCUUGUAUUGAUGCUCAAGAUAGCCAAAAAAUUAUGUUUUUAGUUGUAGUUUGGUUUUAUAUAAUUUUUACAAAGUUUACUUCUAUAUUCAAAUGAAUUGUUACAAAUGUCACCUCGAUUUAAAGUUAAGGCUCGUUCCAAUCAAAAAAUUGUAGUAGGCAGAGUUUAUUACUAAUUUUUUCCAUUUUUUAUUAUAUUUCUGUAAAUAUAAAGUAUGUUAGUACAAAGUUGAAUUUGUUUUUUUUUUGUAUUUUUAGAUUGUCUUCUAUAAUUGUCUGAUAUAAAAGUAUUGGCUGUUA